AUGAAUGAAACAAUAGGGAAACCUGCAGGAACAUGUUUGGCGAUAACAGAGAAAAAGGCUCAUAGGCCUGGUGGUUGUGUUGGUAUUUUCUUUCAGUUAUUUGAUUGGAAUAGGAGAUUUGCCAAGAAAAAGCUCUUCUCAAGGAAAUUGCUUUCUGCAGCUCGUGCAAAACAGCCAUCAAAGAAGUUUGGAGGGGAUGAGAAGAUGCCCAAAACAAAGCUCAAUUUGAUUGCUGAUGAGAAUAAAGGGGGUUUUCCAAAUGUAAAGAAAAAUGGGAAUGGUAAUAGUGAUGUUGUAGUGCACAAGCAUGAAAUGAGAGCUCCAAGCUUGGUUGCUAGGUUGAUGGGCCUUGAUUCUUUGCCAGCUGCUCAUCGAGAUAAGCACAAGAAAGUUUCAAAUUCUGUUGCUUGUGACGUUACAGAAGAGAAACGUGUUGACAAUAGUCAUAGUGGAUCUGAUAGGGAUGAUUUGAAUAUGGAGAAAUGCAGCACAAAGGUUGAAUCUAGGCCUCAAAAACUUCAAAAGACAGGACAGUCAGAGACACGAGCAGUAACUAGGUUCGGAGCUGAGGCGUUGCAAAUUAAGGGUGUUUUGUCAAGGUCUAGAAAGCAUCAUCAUCCAAAACUUGCGCCUCCAGUUAAGAGUCCUAGGAUUUCCUCUUCCAAGAAUGCAUCUAGGACGUCUAGGUUGAUUGAUGCUGCUACUAGAAUUUUGGAACCUGGGUUGCAGGCUACCAAUAGGGCAAAAAGUGCUCUUACUUAUUCAAGUUCUAUGAAUUAUUGUCCCAGGGAUGAAGUUUCGACAGAGAUUGGAAUUAUGUUACCAAAUAUUGUGAAACAACAAGAUAUUGGAGAUUGUAAUGAGGGUGUAGCCAAGUCUUUCAUAGGGCAAACUUCUUGCAAAAAUUGUGGUAAUUUGUUUGAUGUAGUGGAUUCUGGACACAAUGUGAAGGAGCAGCAGUUUGUUUGUCCAUCCAUUGUUUCACAUUACAUGUCCUCUCAAGAAUCAGAAAUUAUUAAGCCUAGGCGCACCAUAUCAACUCCUGAGGAAGAGAGAAAUGUAAUUUAUCAGAGAAAUUGGGACCAACAAUCCAUUGCUGUGAAAGAGCAGGAUAACACACCAGUACCAAGUCAAACCAUCACCGUCAUCAAACCUCUAUCUCAAGAGGGCCAACCACGGCGGCAAUUGAGAAGCCAGCCGUGCAUGCCUAAAUACCAAGACUCAUCUUCUAUUACUCACAAGCAGAGGAUCCAGACUCAAAAUGAGAUGUUCGUAAGAAGGGAUAGAACUCCGCCAAGGGCCAGAUUAAAUAAUCUGCAAAGCAGGAGAACUUCAGCUGCAAAUGCUAUUAGUGGGGCAACAGAUUUUGUUGCUUUGAACAGAAGCAUAAUCAGUCGUGGCCGGACAAGGGCGUCUACCUUAGCUGAUAAUUCUACAUUUGAUAAAGACAGAAAAGUUUGCAGCAGACAAGAUGAUUCAUUGUCACCGCUAAGGAGCCCAGUGCGCAAAAGGAGGACAGUCAGUGUCAAUGCACAAGUUGAAAGUACUGCAUUUGGUAAUCCGAUGUCUAUGAGACAAAGGAACACCAAGUCUGAUGGUGUGAGUAGAAAAGAGGUUGCAUCUAGCUCUAGCUCUGUCGACCGUGCAUAUAUCAAAAGCAGAUCAGUUAAUGAUGGAGAGCGUAAUAAAAAUAAUGGCAGUAGGGAAAAUGAUGCUGUAUCGUUUACAUUUAAUUCCCCAUUGAGGCACAAAACUUUUGUUUCCGCAGGGCUGGAAGAGAGGAGUAAUCAAAUUGAUAAGAUCUCUUCUCACCGAAGAAGGCUGAUUUUGGAUGAAAAUGAUGGAAAAACAUAUUUGCAGAAUCAAUUGCCAUUGAGAGGUGAUGCACUGGGAACAAUUUUGGAGCAAAAACUAAAGGAAUUGGUCUCUCAAGAAGAGGAUGAAUUAACAAGUGGAGGUAGUCGACCCAUGAGAUCUACUGCUAUGAUUCUCCAAGAGCUAAUACUUGCUUUGACUGCAGCUCAGCCUAUGUCUCCACAUGCUCAUAUGUUUAAUGCAGACAAAACUUGCCAGAUGGAAGAAAAAAUCGGGAGGAAUUCAGUUGGAAUAUCGCCUGAUGGUGAUCAUCUUAGUCCUGGAUCUGUUCUUGAAGCUUCUUUCUCAAAUGGCAGUUGCUUUUCAAGCAGUCUGGAUGAUAGCUCAGGACAUAGGAUGCUGCUGGACUCCAUGGAUUACUCUUAUGAUCAACCACAGCCAUUCAAUACUGAUGCUGAUCUUCUGGAUUGUGCAACCUCUUUGAUACAAGGAAGGACGGGUAGCAAGACGGCAACUGACCUUCUCAACCAUGUCUCUAGGAUAUUACAGAGCAUCAAUCUUGCUGGUGGAGGGUUAACUGGAAACAAGCUCACUCAUUCGAAGAAAGUUAUUAUGCAUGCUGAACUGUUGUUUGGUAACUCAACUCUACGUAGUUCAGAUAGAAUGAAGAGAUUUCUCGUCGGUCCCUUUCUGCUUGAAGGACUUGAAACCCUUGCUAGUGCCAUGUGGAAAAAUCUUAAUUGCCUUAUUGGUUUUGAAGAGAGCAAAGAGAGUAAUAAUCAACUCAGAAGGUUUCUUUUUGAUUGUGUGAUAGAAUGCUUAGAUUCAAAAUACGUCCAGUACAGUAACUCUGGAUUCAAAGCAUGGAAAAGGGUACCAUCGCCCAUGAAUGCAGAAAUGUUGAUUCAAGAGAUCGGUGAGGAGGUCAGAAGGUGGACAGAUUUUGCUGGGAUGAUUCCAGAUGAUAUAAUAGAUUGGGAGAUGAGUCAUUCCUUGGGAAAAUGGACAGAUUUUGAAUUUGAAGGAUUCGAAACUGGUGCAGAAAUCGACUGGGACAUACUUCAGACAUUGGUUGAGGAAAUUGCUGUCGACCUUUGGGAGUGCAGUGUGGAUUCCUUUUGA